AUGACUGAAGUUGUUUUCAGAUACCAUGGAAAUCUUACUGGCCGUGCUCACCCACACCCAACCCUGGCUACAGAAGCAACAAUCACAGAUAAGUAUUCUAACUUGUAUAUGUAUGUGGGGCUCUUCUUGACCCUGCUAGCCAUCUUGCUCAUUCUUAUUUUCACGAUGCUUCUCCGCUUAAAGCAUGUUAUCUCUCCCAUCACCACAUCUCCAGAGAGUACUGAGAACAUCCAGCAGUUCACAGAUGUGGAAAUGCAUGCCAGGAUUCCCAGCCCUUAG